CGGCCCGACUCCGGCUGCCGCACGGUGCUGCGGCUGCACCGCGCCCUGCGCUGGCUGCAGCUCUUCCUGGAGGGGCUGCGCUCCGGCGACUCCCGCACCUCCGUGCUCUGCACCGACGCCUACAACGCCUCGCUGGCCGAGCACCAUCCCUGGGUCAUCCGCAAAGCCGCCACCGUGGCGUUCUGCGCGCUGCCCUCCCGCGAUGCCUUCCUGGAGAUCAUGAACGUGGGCCCGCCCGAGGAGGCCGUGGCCAUGCUGGGAGAGGCCAUCCCCUACAUCGGCGACGUUUACAGCAUCACCCAGGAGCUCUUCGCGCAGCAUAAGCUGCUCGACCUGCCCUGAGGGCGCUUCCGGGAUGAGCCCACGGUGAAAAUCACAUUUUUGCAGAAGCACAACCCCUCCGGUUCUCUGUCCGUGAUUAUUUUCACCUUUUCUUUCCGGCCUGCAGCCGAGGAGUUGGCCAAACUGGUCAGGAUGCUUCACUUUAUAAAUGUGGAACGGUUCUUUUUUUACAUCUUUCAGUUUGUGCAUAGAGCUCUUCAGUUAGGGGAAAAAAUCCAUAUCAGGUUGAGCUGCUAAGGGAUUUAUUUUUUUUGGUUCCCAGAAAAGGUUUUUCUUUUCAAGCCAACCUUGAGCAGCUUCUGUGUGUUUUCAGCAAUAGUGGCCUCGUGUGCCAGCACACAAUUGAGCUGUGGUGUCUGAACCCCAUGGGAGCUCACCUGGCCACCGUGGUUUAUACAAAAAACCCAUCUAGGGGCUUCACCUGGAGAAUUUAAUCCUGAGUAAUGCACUGGGGAAAGGAAGGUCCUUUCCCUGUCACAGCCACCUCAUGGUGUGGCCCAAGGAGCUGAAGGAAGUGGGGCUGGAUGUUCCUGGUGCAGGGAUCCAUCCAGCAGCACCCCUCUGUCACAUCCCUGCUCGUUGAAUCCAAGCUUUUUGCACUUGGGAUGUGCAGUAGAUUUUAAUUUGUGCUGCACAAUCCCCUUUGUCCAGCCCAACCUGGAGCUGUUUGCCUCUGAGUUGUAUUCUCAUGUGUUUUAUUUCUUUUGUGAAUGUGUCAAAUGCCUACAAAAAGGAUUUUUCUGCCUCUCUGAGGGGAAAUCCACACUUGUACUGUAAAUCACUGCUUUGUGAGGCUUCUGCCUUCUACUGAAAACCACUGGAAGAGCCAAAGUACAUCACAUGGGAUUUACUGAGCUUUUGGGAAGCUGGAAAAGCUCUACAGGGUUAGUUCAGGAUGGCAGGGACAUGUGGGAGAAUCCUGGACAGGCUCUGACAGGUUGUUGUCUCUUUUUGGCCUAAUACAACACUGAAAAAUUCAGGAAAUCACUAUUACCUCAUGGAGACUGGACUAACUGGACAUUAAAUUAUGUGAAUAACAUGUUUUUGAGGAGUGUCCUUUGUGGGAUCACACUCUGGGGGUGUGGUGGUGGAAGGGACACGAUUUACAGUGUGACCUACUCAGAUUUUCUUUUCCCUGAAAAAUCUGUUUCAUUUCCAGCUGCUAUUUCAUCUGUACAAUGAAUUAAAUGCCUUAAACUAAA